CACAAUCGCCAUCUUGACAGCACCCUCAAAAUGGCAGUAAGAUGCGAGCUAGAAACCGAGUCCAAACUAAGAUUCCUGUUCUCGGCCGUUUAACAACUGACUCGACAGUUUUUCCGUAAACGGGUGGUUAUGGGGUUGGUGCCCCACGCGGCAGCACAGAGCCUGUAAAAUGGAUAUACCGACGGCGGUUUUCAACGCGGCCAGAGAUGGUAAGCUGAAACUUAUCCAGAAGUUGCUGAGCAACAAAACUCCAGAGGAGCUGGAGGCUUUAGCCGAGGAGAAGACGCAGGGAGGCACCCCGCUGUUGAUAGCCUCUCGGUAUGGACACCUAGAGGUUGUGGACUACCUCCUUGAACAUUGUAAAGCGAAUGUUGAACUCGGGGGGGCGGUUAACUUUGACGGCGAGACCAUCGAGGGGGCUCCGCCGCUGUGGGCAGCUUCGGCAGCAGGCCACCUCCCUGUGGUGAAGACGCUACUGAAACACGGUGCCUCAGUCAACAACGCAACACUAACUAACUCAACGCCGCUCCGAGCUGCCUGCUUCGACGGUCACCUGGAGAUCGUCCGGUACCUGGUGGAGCACAGAGCCGACAUGGAGGUAGCCAACCGCCACGGCCACACCUGCCUCAUGAUCUCCUGUUACAAGGGCCACAAAGAGAUCGCCAAGUUCCUCCUGGACCGUGGUGCUGAUGUGAACCGCAAGAGUGUGAAGGGCAACACCGCCCUGCACGACUGUGCUGAGUCAGGGAGUCUGGACAUCAUGAAGAUGCUAUUAAAGUGCAAUGCUCGCAUGGAGAGAGAUGGAUACGGGAUGACCCCUCUCCUCGCUGCCAGUGUCACAGGUCACACCAACAUCGUGGAGUAUCUCGCCCACCAGCCUCGAACCUCCAGAGAGGAACGCAUCGAUGCACUAGAACUCCUUGGGGCUACUUUUGUGGACAAAAAGCGGGAUCUCCUGGGGGCAAUGAGGUACUGGAGAAGGGCCAUGGAGCUGAGGCAGCCAGGGGACAAAGCUGGGUCCCUGGCCAAGCCUCCACCUGGCCCUCCUAUCCCUGCUUACGGCUGUGCCCAGGAGGUGAGCACUGCAGAGGAGCUGGAGGCUCUGAUCACAGACCCUGAUGAAAUGAGGAUGCAGGCCUUGUUGGUGCGAGAGCGCAUCCUGGGGCCAUCGCACCCAGACACCUCUUAUUACAUCCGCUACAGGGGAGCUGUGUAUGCAGACUCAGGCAACUUUGAGCGCUGCAUCAGCCUGUGGAAAUACGCUUUAGACAUGCAGCAGAGCAACCUGGACCCUCUCAGUCCCAUGACAGCCUCCAGUUUCUUGUCCUUUGCAGAGCUUUUCUCUUUUGUUCUUCAAGACCGGGCCAAAGGCACCCUGUCAACACGCGUCACCUUCCAUGACCUUAUGACUGUUCUUGGGAAGAGUGUGAGGGAGGUAGAGAGAGCUGUGGCACAGAGGGACAACCCUCCAGAGGCUCCCCAGUUCACCAAAGCUCUCUCCAUCAUCCUGCACCUCAUCUUCCUCCUGGAGAAGCUGGAGUGCAGCCCCGAGCAGGAGCACCAGAAGAAACACACAGUGUACCGCCUGCUCAAGCUGAACCCCCGGGGCCGUAACGGCUUCACUCCUCUCCACAUGGCUGUAGACAAGGAGACCACAUCUGUGGGCCGCUACCCUGUGGGCCGCUUCCCCUCCCAGGCGGUGGCUGCCCUGCUCCUAGAGUGUGGCGCAGACGUAGAUUCACGCGACAGUGAAAACAACACGCCUCUGCACAUCGCUGCUAAUAACGGUUGUCCAGAGAUUAUGGCACUACUUAUGAAGGCGGGGGCUCACUUUGACGCUACAAAUGCACAGAGGAAGACGGCCUACGAGCUGCUGGAUGAGCAGAGCAGCGGGCACCCGGCCCUCUACCCACUGAACUACGUCACCCUUCAGUGCCUGGCGGCGCGUGCAAUUGAGAAGCACAGACUGCCCUACAGGGGACUCAUCUCUGAGGAGAUGGAGGCUUUCAUUGAGCUGCACUGACUUCCACUACUGUCCCCUGAUGAGACACACCUGCACUACUCUUCCUGUUGUCCCCCAUACCUUACUAUGACCCGCCAAAAAAGUCCCCCUCCACACCAUUCUGCUCAUCUCUUGUCUCCUUUUGACCUCUGCUUCGCUCCUGGCCCUUCCAACCUUGUGUCAGACCAAACCAUAGCAAUACACAUCAGCCUGUGGGCUUAAUCUCUGGCUGAGAUCUGGUCAGUUAUCGCUUGAUUCUAACGUUACAUCACACAGACUCUCAACGUGAUUGUACUGCUAUUUAAAGCUGGAUAAAACUUCAUCUUGACAUAGGCUUUAAUGCAUCUUCCCUGUUUUUGUCCCAGUGAAAAGGAGACUUACAGUAUGAGGGUGCUUGUGUGUGUUUGGUGGUGGCUGCACUGUAUGAACAAUGGGUUUUAGUAUUACUGACAGGAAAGCAUCUGAUCAAACUAGCCAUGCAUGAAGAUGAAGAGUGAAUACGGUAGCUCACUUGUUGUUUUGCAAGUUCAUUCAGACCGGUAGUGUUUGAACAAGCUCAACCACUCAAACUUGCUCGCUGGCAAUUUUUAGCUGGUUUCGCCUGUUCACAUAUUACCAUCUGCUAUGUUUCUUUGAUCCGGGAGGGUGUUUUGAAUUUACUGUGCCAAAUGUCAGCCUCAGAGCCAUGUUCUGUUACAGACUAUAAACUGGUGGCAAAAUAAAAAGCGACUAACUUAUCCUCCUAAUUAUAAGCAGAAGUGAUAACCUAAAGUGGAGAUGUGCAUGAAGGAGAUCAGGAUGUUGAGGAUGAGCGGUGUCCUCAGUGAGAACAGCUGGUUACACUGUUGAGCUAACACUCCCCAGUCUCCACACAGACUUUUAUUACCUAUGCAGUUUGGGAUUCUCCAAUCAGAGGCAACCUUUUCAAGCCAAAAUCCACUACAUAGACAGAUUUUACAGGCCUAUCUUAACAGGAUAAUGACUCUAACCUGAGGCUGCCUCUUUGACUAUGAAUCUUCUGAAUUCACGAAUGUUUUCUAAAACUGUCUGCCUAUGUCUGAAUGAACAAUCUCAAGCAAGAGCCUAAAGUGUGCCUACACCCUGUUACUUCUGGGUAAUGUCAACAUCAACAAAGAUAUCUGAUUCAUUAACAAAGAAGCAGCAUCAGAGCCGGAGCAUUUUGUGAUUAAACCCUCUGGUUUCUGUCUACGAGGAAAAGCCAACUGUCCAAGAUCACUUGUCAGUUCUGUUCUGAAUUGAAUUUUCCCUUUAACCUCAGAUGCAGUUCACAGAAAUGGAACCGGCCAUUCCUGCAUCUUAGUCUUAUUUUUAAAUAGUUUCUCUUUUGUUUAUCUUGUGUUAUCAUGAAUGUUUUAUCUGUCCUGUCCGUGCUAAGCACCACCGAGUUGAAUGCACACCGAGAGGCUCUAAAAUCCUAAAUAGACGACUUAACAUUCAGGCUAUGAACUAUGGCUGCCUUUCUUUUUCUCAACUGAUUCGUUUAACUGAUGAUAACUCGAGAGCAAAAGGACGUUGGAGAUACUUGAAUAAAAUUCAGUAUCGCAACACUAUCUGUGUGUGCUUGCGUGUGUGUGGGUGAUCUCAGUGUUACUGUGUCUUUUCUGCAUGCGGUACCUUGAAUUGUUUCUGAUUUCGGAACUAAGCGCUAAGUAGUAUCUGCAAAUUGAAAAUGAAUCUCUCUUUCUGUGCCUCGGCUCUGUCACGAGUUCUUUAGCCUGAGUGCUGUUGCUUACAAUGGCAGCAUUUGCAUUAAGAGCAUCAUUAUACACAUUUAGAUGGAUUGAAAUGGUUGCAGUAGCAGAACAUAAAAGACCCAAACGCCCCAUCAGUGCAGCAAAGCCCAUAAAAUGAGCUUGUUUAGAAAGUGGAAGACACGUUGCUUGGAGUGCAUACAAAGUGUUACAUUAGCGGAAUAUUAAAAAAGAAUCAGUGCCUCUCUUAUUUCAGCUCUUUGCACCAAACGUGGGCUUUCCACCGCUCUGCUCACAUAAACUCGAGGGCACAGAAAUAAAGCAUAACAGAAACUUGAUCUUUCGGAGUCCUGCACUCUUAAAGUAUAAAUAGAGCGCAAUUAACGUCACUGCUGCAGGGCAGCGGUAGAGACAGGGCACUUACCCUGCUAAUUUUAGGGAUCUUUUGCCCUAGCUUAAACUCUAGAAAUGGGAAUACUGUAACGCUAUACAGUCAGUCAGGUCACAGAGUGACUGGCAGUGACAGUACACAGACAACAGAGGCUGCAUUAUUCUGACAGGAAACACAAACAAUAUAAGAAACAAAUAUUUUAAAGAUGAGGAUUUCUAGAAAAAUCAUCUAAAAUAUUAAUAAUGUGCUGUUGUUACUGUACAUGGGGCAAGUGUAUGAGUUAAUAGUGAGUUAAGAAACAGCAGCUGGUAAACAGGGGUUCAGUCUCUGUGACAGCACGUAUCUGCCCUGCUGAAUAAAAUCAGACAUCCAAGAGGUCUCUUAUAGCUGACCUGAUGUCUGACCUUUCUGGAAAGGGUGCCAGUGAUUGCGGUAAUCAUUACGUGCAGACGUAAAUUAAGAUGUUGGAAGCAGGACCCUAAUGUCAAGAUGUCACAGAAGGCUACAACUGUUAAGGGUUCUUGGGGAUACUUAAAAAGCCUUAAAAAGCAUUGGAUUGAAUUAUUUAAAAAUAUAAUAAUAAGGCCUUAACUGGUGUUAAAUGUCUCAAAAAAAUUUUUCAAAAGUCUUCAUUUUUAUGGUAAUUGUAUUUUUAUUUUUUUUAUGUUAGUGUAAUGUAAAAUAUUUUUAAAAAUUGGUCACUUUUUUUUUUUUUAUAAUUUAAUAAUUUACUUAAUGGCUCUCACCUUAGCGUCACCACAUCAGGUCACAUCCUCACUGCAGAGGAUCCACUGUCUGAUAGCUAGCUGACACUGUACCCUAGAAGACAUAAGGGAAGUGAAAAUUCAUAAAAAUUGGCAAUUUAACCAGAUUUCAUGGCAUGGCUGAAACCAAUACGAGGAAAUACAUAUGAGUAAAAUAAAUAAUAAAUGAAGUAAAUAAUAAAAAUAUUAAGUGGACCAAAAAGUAAGGUUUCAUGUUACAGUAAAUAUUAUGGCAAAAAAUUUCCCCUUGUCUAUGUUGGUUCUUAUGUUGGUAUUUUUAUUUAUUUAUUUUUUAAUUCAAUUUUGGUCAUUGUAAAAUUGGUCUUAAAUUUAAUUUGGGGGUAUUUUAAAGUCUUAAAUCUAUCUUUCCUUAAACUAUAGAAACCCUGUUGUUAAUGUUUGGGACAAACCGAGAAAAAUCGUCUCCUGUCCUGCAUAUAGACAAAAAGAAGUGUAAUUUCAGUGCUCAUUUUUAGUGUCCAAAAGUUAUUUUGAAAAAUCUCUCUGCACCUGAGUGUGUGACAGGUGCAUCAUAGGAGGUGCAGUCUUGAAGUCGAAGGGGAGAGCUUCUGCACACUGUCUUGCUUAUUGCUAAUUUAUUUGAUUUGAUUAAGGUAACGAGUUGGUCCUACCCUGCCUGAGUCUGAAGGCCCAAAACGUCACCUUAAAAUGUUUAAAAUUGAGCCAUAAGUGAGGCAGUGUGCAGGAGCCUUUCUCUCUGUGUCAUAAAGUUAAAAUUAUUUUUGGGAGCAUUUCUCCUGCCAACAAAAGAAACUCCCCAGAGAAACACUGUCACACCUGGUCCUGUAUUUAUGAACCUUUUGCUCCCAAUGUCCAGUAAAUGCUACAUCAUGUAAUAGUAAUUGCCCACUAGAUGUCAGUAGCGACAAAGAAAAUCAAUGCGAGGGGGCAGCCUUUGUCCCUUGAAGACCAUGUGAUGGACUCAAAAACUGUAGCUUCCAAUUACCCUCACAAGUGAUUGGUUCAUUUCCCCGUCUCCUUCUCGUACUUUGUCAAGCGGCCUUUGUGUCAGAGAGCCAGAAAGAGAGAAUGAGUUGUUGUGAGCGACUUUUAUCGAGCUAUUAGGCAGGGGCUUAUUAUGCAUUUGUAAUCUAUCUGGAUGAACAGAAACCUGGGCAGGCAGAGUUGCUGACUCUGUUUGCAGAGCGCUGCUCGGGGAUCAGCAGAGAGGUUAGAAUAAAGCCUCCUUCACACAGUCCUGAAGCGUCACGCUAACCUCCAACACCACGCUCCCAACACCUCAGAUUUUGGCCUUGUGGCGUUUGUUUCUGUCACGUUGUGUGACCUAAAUAAGACCAAAUCUUAAAGAACAAAAGCCUGUGUUCAUCUGUGUGGCAUCUUUGAGAAUUUAAACAAAUGGCUUUCUUUUCAUUUUGACUGAUUUCUUUUUUUAAUUUCAUUUUUAUUAAUAUUCUCAAGCAAAAUGAGUGGGUUACCAUGAUAAUUAUAGCAGACCAGCAUCUUUCAGUGGCAUGCAGGGUAUAACGGGUUACUCUGGGCAGCUAUGAUGCAUUUCCACAGUAUUUUAUUGUUCAUAUUAUCAAGCAAAGGUCAGUUGCUCCAUAAAAUUAGUCUCUUGGCAAUUACAGGCUGGUCAUUCCUUGUUGGAGGGUUUGCCUGCAGCCAUUUUCAUGUGAUGUUUUCUACCUAGCUGCCAGAAAGUUUUGGUUCAUUAGGGGUUUUGCCGAGGUAUAAUGUGACAAAAGAACAAACAUUGUAAUUGUGGCCUGACUAGCGAUCGCAUGGCAAUUAGAGAUAAUUAAGGGACAAACUCCAAAAAAUAUUCUUUGUAUUUUUAAACCAUUUUGCUCCACAGUCCUGGGGCCAUGUUUGCAAAAUGACAAACAAUAAUAUAUAAUAAAUGAAUUGCCUGUUUUUAACCUUUUGACGUUUGCUGUAUGCAGCAGUGUUUCUAGGAUUUGAGGACAUUUGGGGCUUGUUUUAUUAUUUAUAAUAAUAAAAAAGGUCUGUUUUGAUGCUUUUUAAAAAUGCAUCAUUACAUUCAAAGUAAACAGAA